GCGCCCGCCGCCGCCGCUCGGCUCCACACCCGCCGGCGCAGCCCCGCCACGAGAUUCUGACAGCGGCGGUGGCUCGCGCGGCUCGGGCGCUCAGGGACGGACCGCGGCGGCCGAGGACCAGGAGACGGUGAGGGAGGACGCGAGGACCGCGGCCCGGCUCAAGUGCCAGCGUUGCGCGGAUCCGGUGGCGCGUAGAGGUCCCUCUGUAGCAGCUGGGAGCCCAGAAGUUCUCACUAGGCCCGAGGAGUGGGCCAGCCAGGAGAGCACGAGGGCAUGGCGUGGACCCCACCCAGGGCCUGAGGAGUGAGGACAAUCCUCGGCCCAUUGGACCCGGAGCCUCCCAGUGGCGCCACACCACCAGGGAGACUAAAGAGGAAUCGAUGCUUCGGCCCCUGGUGACAUGUACAUGGUGUAAUGACAGGUAACGAACCUGGGGCUCAUCUGUCCUUUAUGAAUGAUAUGGCAGGAAAUGAGCAGGUUUGCAGAGAAACUGCUGGCCUGAAAUUUAAGACCAAGGCAUCGUUGCUUGGCUCUGGCUGAGAACAUGGCCAAUGGCAUUGACGAGCUCAUUGGCAUUCCCUUCCCCAACCACAGCAGUGAGGUCCUGUGCAGCCUCAAUGAGCAGCGGCACGAUGGCCUGCUCUGCGAUGUGCUCCUGGUGGUGCAGGAGCAGGAGUACCGCACCCAUCGCUCGGUCCUGGCUGCCUGCAGCAAGUACUUCAAGAAGCUCUUCACAGCGGCCAGCCUGGCCAGCCAGCCCUACGUCUACGAGAUUGACUUCGUCCAGCCCGAGGCCCUGGCUGCCAUCCUGGAGUUCGCCUACACCUCCACGCUCACCAUCACCGCCUCCAACGUCAAGCACAUCCUCAACGCCGCGAGGAUGCUUGAGAUCCAGUGCAUCGUGAACGUGUGCCUGGAAAUCAUGGAGCCUGGAGGGGAUGGUGGGGAGGAGGACGACAAGGAGGAUGAUGAUGACGAAGACGACGAUGACGAGGAGGACGAAGAAGAGGAAGAGGAGGAGGAGGAGGAGGAAGAUGAUGAUGACACAGAGGAUUUCGCUGACCAAGAAAACUUGCCUGACCCCCAGGACAUCAACUGCCACCAAAGCCCUUCCAAAACAGACCAUCUCACAGAGGAGGCCUAUUCGGACACGCCCAGGGACUUCCCUGACUCCUUCCCGGCCGGCAGCCCUGGCCACCUGGGGGUGAUCCGGGACUUCUCCAUUGAAUCUCUGCUGAGGGAGAACCUGUACCCCAAAGCCACCCUCCCUGAUAGGAGGCCCUCCUUAUCUCCGUUCGCCCCAGACUUCUUCCCACACCUCUGGCCGGGGGACUUCGGUGCCUUCGCCCAGCUGCCCGAGCAGCCCAUGGACAGUGGGCCGCUGGACCUGGUCAUCAAGAACCGGAAGAUCAAGGAGGAGGAGAAGGAGGAGCUGCCCCCACCACCUCCGCCGCCUUUCCCUAAUGACUUCUUCAAGGACAUCUUCCCUGACCUUCCCGGGGGUCCGCUGGGCCCCAUCAAGGCGGAGAAUGACUACGGUGCCUAUCUCAACUUCCUGAGUGCCACCCACCUGGGGGGCCUCUUCCCCCCCUGGCCACUGGUGGAGGAACGCAAGCUGAAGCCUAAGGCCUCCCAGCAGUGCCCCAUCUGCCACAAGGUCAUCAUGGGGGCCGGGAAGCUGCCGCGGCACAUGAGGACACACACCGGGGAGAAGCCAUACAUGUGCACCAUCUGUGAGGUCCGCUUCACCAGGCAGGACAAGCUGAAGAUCCACAUGCGGAAGCACACGGGGGAGCGGCCCUACCUGUGCAUCCAUUGCAACGCCAAGUUCGUGCACAACUAUGACCUCAAGAACCACAUGCGCAUCCACACGGGUGUGCGGCCCUAUCAGUGCGAGUUCUGCUACAAGAGCUUCACGCGCUCCGACCACCUGCACCGCCACAUCAAGCGCCAGAGCUGCCGCAUGGCACGGCCCCGGCGUGGCCGUAAGCCAGCCGCCUGGAGGGCCGCCAGCCUGCUCUUUGGGCCUGGCGGCCCAGCCCCUGACAAGGCCACCUUCGUGAUGCCACCGGCGCUGGGCGAGGUGGGCGGCCACUUGGGCGGGGCCGCCAUGUGCCUCCCAGGCCCCAGCCCCACCAAGCACUUCCUGGCGGCGCCCAAGGCCACCCUGAGCCUGCAGGAGCUCGAGCGGCAAUUCGAGGAGACACAGAUGAAGCUGUUCGGGCGCGCCCAGCUGGAGGCCGAGAGGAACGCGGGGGGCCUCCUGGCCUUCGCGCUGGCCGAGAACGUGGCUGCAGCGCGGCCCUACUUCCCACUGCCUGACCCGUGGGCCGCAGGCCUGGCCGGCCUCCCCGGGCUCGCCAGCCUCAACCACGUGGCCUCCAUGUCUGAAGCCAACAAUUAGGCUGGUAGUGUCAACCCCAGUCCAAUAUCCCUGGCCCCUCUCCCACCAGGCCGGCCCUGCCCCACCCAAUGGGUCUGAACUUAUUUUAAAAACAAACAGGAAAAAUGAAAAAAAAAAUAUAUAUAUAUAUUAGCAGUGAUGGUAUUUUUCAGGCCUUCUCUGCAGUUGCCUCCCUUCUGCUGGUGUCUGAGAUGUGGCAUUUCCUCCCAAAGGGUCUGGAACCUGAGGGCUCACCUCCCCCUCGCUGUCUCUCUGGAAUUCACAGGGGCUCACACAAGCCCAUUCUGCAGAUGAGGGGCACACACCAGGCACCCAGGAGCUCUUGGGUACUGUCGUGGGGCUAAAUGGAAGGGGGUCGCUUGGCCAGAAAGUGUCCCAGGGAAUGGGGUUGAGGGUAGGGCCCGGAGCCCACACCCUGGUUGAGCACUACUGCCCUGGUGGCGAGUCUCAGAAACUGCUCUGACUGGUCCCUUACUGUCUCCAGGUGUCCCCCAGAUCCUUUUGGGAGAUACUCCCUUGCCACGUAAUGUCCCUGUUGGCAGGGGGCCCCCCUGGACUCAGGAGCAAGGCUGCUGGAGUCUGGGCCCACUUCUCCCUUCACCUGUCUGCCCUCUGUGCCUCGGGUUCACCCCACUAUGAAAAGGGGCUGGUGAUUUAGGUCCCCCUCCCUCUGCACCCACACGCACAUGCAGGGAGGGUAGGAGCUUUGUACUGUGCAUAUGUCUUACUGAAUUUUAUCACAACCACCUUACAUUAGCACAGGUGGGAAAUGUGGCCAAACUAGAGGGGGGCCGAGACAACCAGGGUGGGGCUUCAUUACUCAUCCACAGCCCACGGCCCCUUUGGGGGGUCCAAAUACUGCCUGAUUUCCCAGUAGGUCACUGUUAGUGUCGGGACCCCUGGGGAACACCUUUAGCACCUACCCCAUCUCCACACCCCCCUCUAAGGCUACACAGAGUCUCUUGGGACUCCUGGGGCCAGCAUCAAAGGGAUAGGAGACACCUCUUCACAAACACCUCUAACAACUGCCUCCCUCGAACCUGAUUCUUAAAAUAGACAAAACGCCUGGCUCCCCAGGAUUUAUUGGUUUGCUUUUCCAGUUGUGGGUUUCUCAGGGCCUUGGCAUUGCCGGUGAUUGCCCCCUUCGCUGGGUUUGAACACUCUCCCACCCUACCCCCAGGAAUGAAGCUGAGGCAUUUAGCAUCACUCUUUGGGGUGGGGAGCACAAGCUGUUGGCUCAAAUGUGGGGUUUGAGUGGCUCUGUGAGUUCGGACUGUCUACGCUCGCCCCUGGUCCUUGAGUCUGUAACAGGUCUUGGGAAGGAGGGCAGCUGCCUGCCCAUGGCCUUCCCGGCCUCCUCUCUUCCCUUCCCUCAGCUCCCUUUGCUUUCCGAGUUUGCUUUUGUUUCUCGGGAGCCCAGAGAGGAGGCUCUGCAGGAAAAGGAGGGCCCAGGGCUGGGGUCUCCAAGCCCAGAACUGGGGGUACAAGAGACUUCUCUUCCUGUCGCCUUGGCUUCUUCCUGAGCAAACACACACACACACAACAAAAAGGCCAGAGAAGACCACAGACUCUAUCCCUCUCACAGCUGCCCCGAGUGGACCCUCUGACCCUACAUACCACCAGAUGGCAUUCCAGGCGAAUGGAAUCGCUUCAUGGCACCCUCUUGUUUCUGGGAGGCACCAGCCAACAUGCCUGUGCUCCCCCAUCAGCUGAGGGACUGCGACAGAACUGGGACUUUACAAGGAAAGAAAGAACAAAUUGGAAUCCAGUGGUGUUGGGGCUUUGGUUUUUAUUUUGUAAAGGUAACGACUUCUUAUAAACUCAUUUGUUCAGAUGA